AUGUAAUUUGAGGUAAUUGCGGUGUGGAUUGUAUAGAAGAAAGAAGAAGAAUUGCAUAAGCAUAAGCAUAAACGAAAGAGAAGAAGAAAUCAAUAGAAUGUUGAGAAAUUUGUGUGCAUCACUCGAAUCUUCUAGAAAGAUCUUAACUUCAUCUCCUUCCAAAUGGUGGCGACAAACUUCUCCUUAUUCUACCGCCACCUCCGAUCACGACACCCCUCCGAAGCUUCUGGUGGUUCAGCCCCGUCUCCGCUCCGAAAAGCUAUUACAAGCCAAACUCAACGAAGCACUCUGUCUCGCCAAUUCACUCGAAGACCAACGGGACGGUUAUUUCCACACCGAUUUCUUUGAUAAACCUUUACCCCCUCAUGUCCUUGUUCAGAACCCUUCCCUUAAAGGCCAUAAACCUCGUGCAGAUACGUAUUUUGGACCUGGAACUGUUGAUACUAUCAAGUGUCAUCUUAAUGCUGCUGAAUCAAAGGGUGAAGUGGAUGCUGUUUUUGUUAAUGCUAUACUGUCUGGUAUUCAGCUACGAAAUAUGGAAAGGGCUUGGAAAAAACCUGUGGUGGACCGUGUUGGUCUUAUAAUAGAGAUUUUCAAUGCUCAUGCAUUCACCAAGGAAGCCAAGCUGCAGGCUGAACUUGCAGCUCUGUCAUACAAGAAGUCAAGACUUGUUCGUGUUCUUGGCCCAGGUGGUCGCUACACAUUUGGUGCUUCGGGAGAAGCUGAAGUUGUUAGUGCACGAGGGAGAGGAAGUGGUGGCCAAGGUUUUAUGAGCGGUGCAGGAGAAACUGAACUUCAGCUUCAGCGGCGAAGAGUCUUAGAAAGGAGAAGUUAUCUACUAACACAAAUUGAUGAGGUUCGCCGUACCCGUGCUGUGCAACGUGCUGGUCGGAAGAGACAUGGGGGCUCAUCUGGACAACGCUUAGCCACUGUUGCCAUUGUUGGGUAUACAAAUGCUGGAAAAUCUACGUUAGUUAGUAAUCUAACAGACAGCGAUCUGUAUAGCGAUUGUCGACUGUUUGCGACAGUUGAUCCUAGAUUAAGAAGUGCUGUUCUUCCUUCGGGGAGGAAAGUGCUUUUUAGUGACACGGUAGGAUUUAUAUCCGAUUUGCCUGUACAGUUGGUGGAAGCAUUUCACGCAACUUUAGAAGAAGUGAUAGAAGCAGACCUGCUUGUGCAUGUUGUAGAUUCUACUGCUCCCAAUCUUGACGAGCAUCGCACAACGGUGUUGCAAGUUCUUCAACAAAUAGGUGUGUCACAAGAGAAGCUUCAGAAUAUGAUUGAAGUUUGGAAUAAGAUUGAUGCUGAAGAAGAGUGCAUGGAUGCCGAUGAAUAUAUCGACGAAGAUGAAGAGGCUGAUGAAACUAGUCUUGAUAGAGAGGAGGAUUUGAAUACCGACAGUGAGACAUUAGAAGAAACCGAAAAAGUCUCUGAGCAGUCACUGUGCGACUCUGAGGUCGUGGAAGGAAAAGAAGACUAUUCUGAUGGUUGGUUGUACGAGGAGGACACUAUCGUUAACGAAGGUGAUUUUUGUUUGCCUUCAUCUGUGGCUAACCAACAAAACGAUGGCACAAUAGGACCGUCCGGUCCACAUGUGAAAACAUCUGCCAUCACAGGAGUUGGUUUGCAAGAGUUGUUAGAACUAAUAGAUACGAAACUAAGUAGCCAAGAUGAGAAAUUGAAGGGUGCAAAGGUGGAUGAAAGAAAUUUGUUUGAUAGAAAAUGGAGGCCCUCACGUGAUUCUAGCAUUGCAGUAGAAAAUUAGCUUGUUUUGUGUGCUUUGUUCCCUUUCUUUUUAUAUUACAAUUUACACUACAUCUUUAGCUAAUUACACAGUUAGUGGAGACAUUACGGUACACCUAUUUACAAAAGGUGCACAAGUACACUAUAUGUUAUAUAGUUAUUAGAUUGGCAUAAUUAUUUUAUUAUUUGAUGUUGACGAGUCUAUCCAAUAUCCUGUAUAAUUGCCUAGACAAUUUUUUGCAUAAUGGGGGUCAAUCCAUAUUAGACGAA